GCAGGUCCUUUACAUGAAGAAAAUCCCAGCAGAAGUUCAGACGUUGAGUUUCGCUGCUCUUUCUCCUUCUCUUGUCUCCACAAGAACUAGACUGAUCACAUUUGACCAUGGAUCGAAUCACCAUCCUUAGGUUCAGUGGAUUUGUCGUGGCCAUUUUUAUCGUGUCAUUUAGCAUUUUUUCUUAUCAACGAAAAUAUGAUAUUAGUAGAACUUUUUUCAUUUCCAUUACUAAUUAUUCAGUUAAGGCUUCAGACCAAAACUCUGAAGUGCAGGUUUAUGAAAAGACCCAAAAGCUGAUAGUAUUGCUGUGGACCUGGCCAUGGGGAGUAAAAUUCGACCUAGAAGUGUGCGCAAGUGAAUUUGGAAUACAUAACUGCCAACUUACUGCUGAUCAUAAUAUGUAUGGUAGGGCUGAUGCUGUUGUGUUUCAUUACCCUUCUAUUCCAAAAAAUCCAGACAAUUUGCCUAAGGAGCGUCCUGGAAACCAGUACUGGGUAUGGUAUUCUCUGGAGCCUCCCGAGCAUUGCCAAGGACUAGAGAUGUUUAACAAUAUAUUCAAUCUUACACUGUCCUAUAGAAGAGACUCGGAUAUUUUUGUUCCAUAUGGGUAUCUACGAUUUGUUGCAGAUCCACAGAACUACAGUAUCCCAUAUAAAACUAAACUUGUUGCAUGGGUCGUCAGCAACUGGGAUCAAACCUCUCCUCGUGUGAAAUAUUAUGAAAGAAUUAAGGAUUACAUUGACAUUGAUAUCUAUGGAAGACAUCAUAAGACACUUAGUACAGGAGAUUUCCAUUCAACAGUUUCCCAGUAUAAAUUUUACUUGGCUUUUGAGAACUCACUUCAUAUGGACUACAUCACCGAGAAGCUAUAUGGAAAUGCUUUUUCUAGUGGGGCAGUUCCUGUUGUUAUGGGUCCUUCAAGGCAAAACUAUGAACAGUAUGUUCCUGCAGAUUCUUUUAUUCAUGUUAAUGACUUUAAAACACCAGAAGAACUGGCCAAAUAUUUAAAGCAUUUAGAUAAAAAUGAAGAAAAGUAUCGGAGUUAUUUUACCUGGAAGCGACACUUCAUAGUUUGCCAAGAUAACUUUUAUGCUAAAGUUCAUUGUGCAGUAUGUAAAGCAAUCACUGGCAGAACAAGAGGUUACAGAUCUGUACCAAGUGUACAAAAAUGGUUCUGGAGUGAGCAUUAGAAAUAAAUGCGUUUCUCCUAAUUCUGAAAUAUGUGUCACUGUCUAAGAUGCUGAAGUGAUUUUAUGUACACGUGAAUAGAAUAAAAUGAUCAAUCUAACUGUGCUGAGUAUUUUAGUGAAAGUAAGUUUUGGAGUCCAGUAUAAAUGGGAUAGCAAAACAAUUAAGUUAAAUUGGAAUGUUGGUAAAAUAAAUGAGAGAAAAAAUCAAAACACAUUGAACCACAACCCACAAUUUACAUAGCCAGAAGUCAUGUUAGGGAGGAGUUGUUUUACCUUAAGUAGCCAAGAUGCAUUCAGCUGUGUGCCACCUGACUCUCACCAUUGAGAAUUCCCAAAAGCAGGCUAUAGCAAAAAUGCACAUGAUGCAAACAUUAUUUUGCAAACUAAACAACAAUAAUGUAAACAGUUUUAUGCAGGAAAGACCUAAUUGACCCAAAAUAAAUAUGUUUCUUGUUUGUAAUUAUUUAGUAAUCUUAGAUAUAUAAACAUAUAUACACAGAUGUCAAUAUUAUUUUUUAUUCUUUUAUUUCAAGUUUAAUUUCCUUAUAAUAAUAAUAACCCUUUCAUAGUGGUUAUUGUUUGGUAGUAUCACUUUCCAGUCAAACUUUACAAAAAUCAAGAGAAGGUUGUUAGGGGCUAAUCCUCUUACUGCAAUGAAAAGGUGUAUUUACUCACAUAAUAAACAUCUAGUGACUGGCACUACGUAAUCUCUUAUAAGGUUGCAGUGGCACAUUAUUGCUUUAAUGUCAGUGUUACACUAACUGAUUCUGUUUUCAGUUUAUUGUUAAAGGAUUAGAAAGGUAAGGGCAACUCCAACAUCUUGAAUGGUUUCCAAAAUAAGGAAGUUAGUUCAGACAAAUCACAAACUAACAGAGAAUCAGGACCCUGGUAACUUUAUUGCAUCAUUAGGAAUCACUGUAUAGAGUUUAUUUUAAAUUUUAAAUGCCAUUUAACUCACUUAACGACAAUCCUCUCUACUGAAUAAUCUUAGUUACAAUAUGCUGGUGUGGUAAUAACAGUCUUAACGUUAGAGUCCAGCCUUCUUCACUUCCGCCCCCUCCCUUCUCCUCCUUCUCUUCCUCCAGUAUCUUUGGUAAGAGGUAAUGAAAAGGUCCCAUCACAUACAACAUUUCCAACUCAUCUUUAAAAUGCUUCUGACCCCUUUUUAACUCUUGCCUUACACUGGAUAUAAGUCAUCUGUGUGACAUUAUCAACUAGUUUCCAUAUGUAUCAUCUGCGUUACUUAGUCUACAACAGAAAAUCAGUGGCUAAAUAGUAUUCUUUUUAUUUUGGGCAACCUGUUUUAUACUUCCAAGUCUAUAACAUGUUUGUUCAAUCUGUUUUUUUUUUUAUUUUGUCACAUUGUCAGAUUUGUGUGAGAGAUUCUGAUGGGGCAACCACCACUGAUUUUAAAUCCCCUUGCUUAUUCCAUUGCUGCAUUCUCCCCAGCACCACCAUAUACCAGUGUAAAGCCUAGACAUGACUAUUUGCGGCAUAGGCCUGUCUGCCAAAUGAAGGAUGCCUUUUUAGCAUUUUCAGGCUUAGAAAUUCCAGUGACCUUGUAGAAGAGCAGAUGAGGAAGUGGUUGUCAUAAUGUGGCCAGCUGUGACACUGAUGAGUGGAGCUAUACCUUACUUCUCCAUAAUGAGAACACCUAUUGGGGAUGUAUAUGAGGAAUACCAUGAGAUGGCAAGAUCUGGCUCUAAUGUAACAGGCAACUCGAAUACCUCACUCUGCUUCUUGCAAUAGUGGCCACUUCUGUCUGCACAUCUAGUCACCACCAGGAUUAUAGGAUGCAGCCCCCAACACAAUCCUAUACCCUCCCUUUGAGGCAGGUGGUCAGACAUACAUUACAUAAUUCAUCUGUAUAUCUUGACAUUGGCUCAUCUAACAGCCUAGUCACUAACUAAACUUGGAUUGUGUAUGUUGCAGUUUUGGGCUUCAUCCCUUUGUAUUAAGGAGUUGAGCUGAGUGUACAACACAUUAAACAGUAUCACUUUGCAGUAAGUUAUCAUUCCUUCUUUAUUAUCAGGUACUUUUCCAGAUUUUUUUUUUUAUAUCAUCUUCAAUCAUUCCCAUUCCACAUUCUGGCUCAAACAUCACUUGGAGUAUAUCAUCCUGGUCUCUAAUCCUUCUAAAACUCUCAAGAAAGUAGAUUUUUCUAGAAUGAAGCCACACAUUUAAAACUGUUAGCCGUUCUCUGGCAGCUUGACUUGAGAAUAUGUUAUAAUGCUUCCACAGCUUCAUAACUGGAGUGUUAUGCUGAAUACUGCAAUGCACUAUUUUUAAAUAACUAAGCUAAAAACUCAUUCAGAAACUUGCUGUUACACCAUUAAAGCAUUUAUCCAGGGGGUGAUUAACCUUAUCAUAUCUGUUGUCAUUGGGGCUACACCCCCCCCCCAGACACACAGUAUCGUUAAUUAUAAAUACUAACUCUAAAAUCACUAUAUCACAGAGUAUGGGAUACUAUGAGAUACUGCAUUCUUGGACUUAGUAUGUGUUUCCUCUAUAUUUAUGGCUGCAUUUCUACAUUUAAGGGGAUCACAUUUAUAAUCCUCAGAAUUUCAGCAGGAACUCACAUCUCCUGUCAUGUUAAUACUCACUGGAAAUAGGUGCAGAGAAGUGGAUCAUUUCUUCUUACCAGAGUUAUUUUUGUGGAACUGACAGAGGCAUCUUGCUCUGCACCACCAGAUCUACUUUGCAAGCUAAGAAUUCUUGCCUCAGACCAAAAUGUCCUGUACUGGUUUAAGUAGAAAGUAGGUGAAAAUCUAUCCUUUUCCAAUAUUAGACUUCAGAAAUGAGCCUGUUUACUUUUUUCCAUUUUUAGUUACUGCACUUCACUGUCCAUACUAAUAUUAAUAAGGCCAUGCCUGCAGAUGGCUUAGCUCUGUGGCUUAUGAAAGAUCAGCUGGUUUCAUGACACAGAAUUCACUGUUAGAAAAAGGCCAUGUAUUUUUCUCACUGGAAAACUCGCCACAUUGGACAAAGUCCUUUCUGUUUCAGACCAUAAACUACUUAUCUGUUCUGAUACUUUAUGGUAUAGCAUGAUUCAUCCUAAUUUAGUGGACAUCUCAGAAGAUCAGUUCCAAAACCAGAGAAUGUAUUUUGCACAAAGUACUUUGUUGCUAGUUUCUUCAUCACCCAAGGAAUAGUUGCUAAAGGGUAAAUUAUCUGUAUCCAGAUUCUUACAAAUAGUCAUAACGUCUGACAUGCAACCACUUCAGGCAGGUAUUAAUAGAAUGUGUUACUUUGUGACUCAUUCAGACAGAUGACAGCAUCAUUGCCUUAUGUUGGAGAGGACCUCCUGUCUUCUAAGUCAUUUUUUGUUAUCUCGGCUGCAGUUUGUGUAUAAGAAAAGUAAUAACAUCAACGACUCUUGGAAAGGGAUAUUAGUGAGAAAAGUAUGCGUUUUACUUUCGGUACUUUUAAAUGAACUGAAUGUAAGCAAUGUAGGUUUAUUAGUGGGCUGAAUUAUAUUGAAUUUCCAUACUUAAAUUUAACUGUCAAAAUUCAUAAUAGGUAUACUUGUAAAAGCAAAAACAUUGUGUAUUUAGCGGUUUGUAUCUCUUGUCAACAUUAUUGUAUUGAUUUUUAUUAAAUACAUGUGAAAAAGUGAAAAAAAGAAAAUUACAUUAAACAUCACAUGACUUAAAUUAAGUAUCAUGAUUGGUUGUUUUAAAUAGGGUUUGGCACCAAUAUGUGUUUAUAAAGAAGA